AUGGUAGAACGGAAGGAUAGUAACGUGACCCCCAAGCUGAGGCUUGUGGGGAGCCCGGUGUUGUCAAGGGCGAGUUCGAGAAUGGAUACUUUUGUGAGCGCUGAGGCAGGCAGUAAUACAAAGAUCGCUCACACGGAGAGUCAAGAGAGUGCGUGCACCGGGGAUGAACUCCCGGUCUUCGAGAGGCAUGAGGAAUCAACAGCCAUCGAACUAUUCUACGACCUGUUCUUCGUGGCCAACCUGACGACUUUCUCCAACCUUCACGAGAUCAACAAUGUCAAAACGCUCACUUCCUACAUCGGCUUCUUCUGCAUCUUAUGGUUUACCUGGUGUCUAACCAGUCUUUACGACAUCCGUUUCGUCUCUGAUAGCUUGGUCGCUCGACUUGCCAAAGGUGCUCAUCUGGGGGUGAUGGUUGGUUUGGCUGUCUCCGGUCCUAAAUUCGACACGGAAGAGCACAAUCCAGAAUUAAAGGUCAUGGCACUGAUUCUGAUGGUUUCGAGAUUCGUCCUCUGUCUGCAAUACUUGCUAGUAUUAUACCAUGUCCGAGAAUACAAAAACACCAAACUUCCUCUGGCUUUGAUCAGCGGUACAAAGUUUGGUGCCGCCAUCAUCUACUUGGGAAUCAGCUUUGCCUUUGCGCACAGCAAUCAUGCAUACAGGGCAUUCUAUGUCAUUGCAGUAGCUGAAAUGCUCAUCAACAUCGGAGUCUCUUCUCAAUGGAAGGUCGUUACCUUCAAGGGGACGCACUUGAUCGAGCGCAUGAGCCUCCUCACUUUGUAUAUUCUGGGCGAGGGUGUUAUCGAUAUCCUAAAGAGCGUUGUGAAGAUCUCCUCAAACCAAGCCCAUUGGACAUCUGCAAAUAUUGGAGCCCUCUUGGGUGGGAUCACCGCUAUCUAUCUAUUCUACAUGCUCUAUUUCGACACUCUUAAUCGCCACCAUUUUGGUUCCAUUCGCCAACAGAUCUGGUCAUUCCUCCAUUUCCCCUUUCACGUCGCUCUUGUGCUCUGCCUAUCAGGCAUGGCACAGUUUGUCAUUUGGCAGAAGAUCAUGGAGGCAUACAUGCAAUUCGGCCGAAAUUUGACCAACACUCUGCGCACAUUCGCAAACAGCGACGGGUCAACGAACUUUACAAAUCCAGAUGAUCUCAUCAGGGUUGUAAACAGUACGAUUCAAAACAUCUUCGCAAUAUAUCCACCAACGGACAAUACCACUACUCAAGCCGAGGUCGGGGAAACAGUGGGAGCUCUCUCCGAACAACUUUCGCUCUUGAUGUCCAAUACAUCCACAGACGCCAACUAUACGGGUCUUGAAGACGCGGUUGCCGAAGUCGGAUUCGUGGUUCUGAAUUCCAUCAUGGAUACUUACGGAUUCGAGGCUCCACCGCCAAACGGGACUGAGACCGUUUCCGAUAAGACCAACGCCGAGCUCGAUACUGCCUCCCUCGUGUUCGAAUACUUCUUCAUCGCAACCGGUCUUACAAUCAUCAUCAUGGGCAUCCUGGGCCUGGUCAACGUCCGCGUUUAUACCAAAGGCUCCUGGCUCCGUUUCGCCACCCACAUCGUAUUCGGUGUCGCUCUCUGCCUCCUCUCUAUCCUCGCCACCGCCAACGAUGGAGAUGGCGCUGUGGUGCUGGCUGAGACCGCUUGGCCUCUACCCAUUGUCGCCAUUGUCGUGUUUGUCGUACUGGCAGUGCACCACGUAAGCUGGGAAGGGAAACCAAAAGCUAAUGGAGAGAAACAAUACCAUUUCUUGCCCCGAUGGAAGCCAAACUCCAGAUAA